AUGGAAUCAAUAGGAUUUAACCUCGUACACCGCCUACAAAUCUUGAAAGACAACUUAGCCAUCCUGAAGAGCAAGUCUAAUCGUGUCUUAGCUGAGAUCUACAAGAAGCCACCAGACCCAGAUCCCACCGUAUCUAUUACCUCCCGUAAUGCCAUAGUUAAAAGAAAUCAUGAAGAGCAGGAGGAAAUUCCGGCCACGAUGCUGCAUGAGAAGAUGGAGCUACAGGUAUUUACAUAUAGUAAUUUGGAGAACGAAGAAGCCAGUUAUAGGACUCAGGAGAGAUCCUUAAAAGGAGCAGAGUGUGGUGAGCAUCCUCACCCAAUUGUAGCCCAGCAAACAAACCACCUCCACACCUUGCACUCAAGGUGUUCGACGUUUGGUCCAAUGACGACAAAUGGCAACCAAGGAUCUGUCGCCCUUGCUGCUGUGAAGAAGACCUCCAUCCUGGGAGAUGUUCAGGGAAGCCACGCUGACGGCUACCAGAGGCGAGCUGGGAAGGAAGUGGCGAAGUCAAGCAAACAUGAAGAAAACAGCGCUCUAGUCAUUGACAUGACUAGGGCACAUGAGGCCUUGCGCCCCCGCUUCCUGGCGGUUGGCCUGUUCCUCUCGGUGCUGCUGGUAAACUCAAGGCAGCUGAUCGAUCACAUGAAGAGAGUAUGGAAAAUAAAGGGAGACAUGGAAGCGAGUUCGAUCGAGUCGGAGGCGGGCAAAAAAUUUAUCCUCGACUUCACCGAGGAAGGCGAUUGGAGGCAUGCCGUUCUAGGAGGCCCACGGCAGUACAAGGGGGAUGCUCUCCUUGUGGAGGGGAUAGCAGCCGGUGCCGAUCCAUCAUCAGCUCUUAUGUGGGUGGAGUUCAGGAAGAUACCGUUCUACCUUCUUACAAAGAAGCUUGCAGCUCAACCACCUGUCCAGUCUGUGUUACACAAGGCGGUGGCAGAAGAGACCCUUGGGGUCGCGCGUGAGUGGGAUGAGCGGUUUGCUGAUUCGACGAGCUCGAGAACCAAAAGGAAAUUCAAGUCUAAACACUGUAGGCCGUCCGACAAUGUGCAUGUGCCGGUGGGCAUCGCUAAUAUGCAGGCUGGAGUUUUAGGCUCUGUUUCAGAGGAAGUCAGGAAAGUUCGUGCUGAGUUUCCUGCAAUGUCUGAGGGUGAAACUGCUCGGUUUGUCGCUGUUUGUCCUGGUAAUAAUCUGGAGCCGGAGCUUCGUGAUAUUGUGCAGCAAAAUGCUGCGAUCCUGAAAACUAAUUUGGGUAUCCUUGGUAAGCGCCGUGAUGUGGAGAUUAACCUGUUGAAUCAAGACCUUAGUGCAAAUUCUUUUGUCGAUGAAGGUGUUAGUAAACGCAAAAUUCGAAAGGAAAGCUGGGAACGCCACAAACCAAGGAUCUUCCGGUAUGAAAUUAUGUGGGAACGUCUGUAG